AUGGCCGGAAUGCAGCGCUCGUACAGCUUCGACGCCAACGACGACGACCCCUCGUACUAUCCCCUCCGUCCCCAGCAGCAGCAGCAGGAGGCGGCCCACUACCACCAGCAACGGUCACAAGAACCACAGUUCUACGCCCCGCCGGUCGCGCAGCCACCAGUAUACCACCAGUCCCCUUCACAACACCACCAGAACUACCUAUCCCCACAAGCACCACAGCGAUAUCCCUCGGACGUAUCAUGGGGCGAGCCACCGCACCGUUCGGUCUCGGAGAGCUCCAUGUCCUCGGUGGGGAUCGAGCACCAGCCCACCGUGAUCCGGAAGUCGCUACCGCCUGCUGCAGCAGCGGCGGCCGCGGCCGCACUCCACGCCGUGCAGGAAGAUGUCGCCCCGAGCCCGGUAGAACGCGAUGAGCGGUACUGGGCACCGGAACUCGGGUAUGCACAACGCGGACAGCCGGAUGGCGCAUACCCAUAUCCAUCGCAGCGCUCGACGCCCGCGUCGCAAGCACCUCUACUUCCCGGUCCGCCUGCGCCCCCGGCACACGCGAGGGGUACCGGUAAUGGCAACGAUAGCCCCGGCGGUCGACAGCGAGUGCUGGUUGAUCCGCUGCUGGGACAGUACACGGAUAAUCCGUACCAGAGGAUGAGCACUACUUGGGAUCCUGCGUUGAGCCAAUCACAGUUUGAUGGCGCGAACGAUGUGCUGAGUGAUGAUGAUGACGACUGGGGAAAGAAGGGCGGGAAGAAGGGGAAGGGCAUGGGGGGGAUUGCGGCGGCCACGGCCGGAGUCGGGGCCACUGGGGGCAUAAAAGGUGGGGCGGUCGAGAGCGGGGGGUUGCUUGCGAGUGGGGCGAGGGCGGGUGUUAAUGAAAAAUCGGAUUGGCUCCGCUCCAACGAAAACUCCUCCCGAAAGCGAAGACGCUGGGUCAUCGGCAUCAUACUGGUCGUGAUCAUCGCCGGCAUCGCCGCCGGCACCGCAGCGGGCGUCCUCCUAUCCAAGCGCGGAAACAACAACGACAACUCCAGCGGUGCCCCCAGUGGUCCCUCCGCCGCAGAUGACCUCCGCCAGAACGGUUUACUCGACAAAAAUUCUGCAGAGAUCAAAGCACUCAUGAACAACCCGGACCUGCACAAAGUCUUCCACGGGAUGGACUACACCCCUCUCGGUGGCGUGUACCCCGAGUGCCUCACAUGGCCGCCGACGCAGAACAACAUCACGCGUGAUAUCGCGGUGUUGUCUCUACUGACCGACAAAGUCCGCCUAUACGGCACUGACUGCAACCAAACCGAGAUGGUUCUGCACGCCAUCGACGCUCUCGGCGUUGACAUGACGGUCUGGAUCGGCGUCUGGCUCGACGGCAAUUCCACCACCAACACACGACAGCUAAACCACCUGUACACGCUCCUCUCAGACGAGAAGCACCAUGACAAGUACGCCGGCGUAGCCGUCGGCAACGAAGUGCUCUUUGCCAAAACCCUCACCCAAACGCAACUCUUCAACAUCAUCUCGGAAGUGCGCACAAACCUCACCACGCUUGGCUACAACAUCCCUGUCGGCACCAGCGACCUCGGCUCCAACUGGAAAACGGAGAUGGCGAGCGAGGUGGACGUGCUCAUGGCGAAUGUACACCCGUUCUUUGCCGGCGUAGUCGUGGAGAAGGCGGCGAAUUGGACAUACACCUUCUUCCAGGAGAACGAUGUGGUGCUUACCGACGGCCUCAGCCCGAAGCCAAGAGUGAUGAUCAGCGAAGUCGGCUGGCCGUCCGGUGGUGGCUCCACCGGCGGCUCCGUCGCUGGAAUCGAUGAAAUGAACACUUUCAUGGCCGACUUUGUAUGCAAGGAAAAUGCGCGUGGCACGGAAUACUUUUGGUUCUCGGGCUUCGACGAACCCUGGAAGAUCCGCUACAACGAGCCAAAGCUUGGAAAGGAGUGGGAGGAUAAGUGGGGCUUGCUCGAUGUCAACCGGAAGCUCAAGAAGGGGUUGACGAUUCCGGACUGUAAGUAA